UACUCCCAAGGCCUCGCUUGCGAACAUAAACAGGAGGGAGGCUUUCCCUUACAACUUGCGUUUAAGCAAAUUUCGAAGUUUUAUUGGCUACCAGCAUGCAGUAAGCUGCUUGUAAUAACAACAACGUACUAGUACAAUGAACUUCGUAGUAGAAAUUACGACCGAGGCGCAGUUCAAGACAGAAAUCCUAGAAACACCUGGCACGCUUCAAGUCAUCGAGGUCUUCCAAGGAUGGUGCGGGCCCUGUAAAGCUGUUCAAUCUACCUUCAAGCGCUUGUACUUCGACCUGAAUGACCGGCCACUCAAGUUCUAUUCGGUAGCAGCGGAGCGGCUCCCAAUGCUCAAAGACUAUGUGGGCAAGUGCAUACCCGUGUUCCUUUUCUUCAAGGACGGCAAGCAGCUGGAGGUGGUGGUGGGGGUGCAGGCGCCCGCGCUGAACCGGCUUGUGAUGGAGCUGUCAGCGGUCAAGGCGGCAGCGGGCGCGUAGUUGGGAGGAGGAGCAGGACGGGGGCGAGGAUGGGCCGCGACGGGGUUGUGUGACAUAGCGUGUGGGCUGCUGUUCUGGGAAAGCACAGCGAAGCGGGGAGGGGAAAAGCGGAGUGGGAGGUUACGAUCCUUACCAAGCUGGGGACGUGGUAUGGCAUGCAUGGCUGGGUUCCGUGCAUGGCUUGGGACGGUGUUCGAAGAGGGGUUUUUGGAUGCGAGGGUGCAUGCUGGCGGAUUGCUGUAUAGGACUGGUUUGUAUACCUGAUGGUUACCGUGGUGACAUUUUGCGGUAGCACUGGUGAUGGGGAAAACGAAGGUCGACAUGCGGUGUUACGAGCGCUGUGGACCUUGUACCGUUGUUAUAUGGUAUGCAGUACACCCGUAAGCAUGCACAGUCCGGAGCUUGCGGGGUGUGGGACUUGUAGAUUAGGAUCUGAGAAUGCCCGGUCAUGAUGGGGUCUUCUUGUUAGUAAGGGACUGUUUCUGCAACAGUCCGCAACUAAAGGAGAAAGGGUUCCGUAUUUAUGGCGGUUUCGCGGCCAUUGAGGGCCCCAGAUGGAGUUCUGAUGGUGCUGCUGAUGAGUGCUGUCGUACUUGGUGCGAAGUUGUCAUGCGACAGGUCAUGGGGUGCGCUGCGAGUCGCAGACAGCGGACAUGACCGUGGCAGCCCUAUGUGGGAUUCCCAUACGUGUCUAUACGGUCGUUCUCCAUGUAAUUGUGCUUAUGGGUGCGCACCUGACUUUCGGCUGGACCGGUAAUCAGGGGCUAAUGCUUAGGCGUGUUGCCAUAAAAAUAAAUGCUCGCUCGAUAACAAGCCGGGGGCUAUAAGGGUUGCCCCAAUUAUAAUACAGAGCCUUCAGUUACACACGUACCGUACGGCACGCUGCC